GAGGGACUCGGAGAGGGACUGGGGGCACUGGAAAGGAACGGGAGAGGGUUUGGGGGGCACGGAGAAGGUCUGGAACGGGGAUUGUGGGCACUGGGAGGGCGAGUCAAGAGGCUGGGGAGACCGGGAAAGAGGAUGAAGUCAUAUUGGGAAGGACUGGGAGGCACAGAGGGAACUGGGCUGCACGGGAAAGGAAGGACUGGCAUGGGACUGGGGAGCACUGGGAGAGGCACUGGGAGGCACUGGGAGGCACUGAUGCCCUGUCCCCUCCUCGCAGGCCCUGGAGCCCCCCCUGAGCCCGUGGCCGCCACCAGCUUCGUGGGCCCUGAACCCCGGGACCUGCUGCCCACUGGUGAGGAGCUGGGGAGUCCCAGCAGUGCUGGGAGGGGACCGGGCUGCAGCCUGGCCUGGCCACAGGACCCCGUCCCAUUCGCAGUGGAGCUGCCGCGGGGCCCGGGGGGUUUCGGGUUCAGCCUCCGGGGGGGCCCCGCCGGGGUUUUCGUGCGGGGGCUGCGUGAGGGGGGCCCGGCCCAGCGCUGCGGCUGCAUCCAGGUCAGUGACGAGCUCUUGGCCAUCAACGGGGCCCCCACAGCGGGGAUGAGCCACGCACAGGCGCUGGCCCGGAUCCGGGGCGGGGGCAGCCGCCUGCGCCUGCUGCUGCGUCGCCCCCACGGGGCUCCCCCAAACCCGCUGGCGCGGGGGGUGCUGCGGCUGUGCGUGGGCAGCUCCCCGCGGGGGGAGCCCUGCUUCUGCCUCGUGGGGGGGCUGCACCCCUGACUCCCCCCGAUCGUCCCCUGGACCCCCUGCAAAUGGAAGGUGACGUCAGUGAGAUGCCCCCGCCCGCACCCCAUUUUUUGGUGCUUUAGGGGACCACCCCCAGCUCGGGGGGUCAUUUUGGUGCCCCCAUUUUGGGGGGGACGCCCUUCAAGCUAUGCAAUGGCCCCUCCCCACGUCCUGGGGGCCGCACGGAGGUUUUGUCCCCUCCCCAUUUUUCAGGGUGUUAAAUAAACGUGGGGACCCCCCCGGUA